UGUAACUUGUCUGGAAAGAAUGUUUCUUUCUCUUUGUUGAUUCUAAUUCUGUAAAGUGUUUAAUGUUAAAUAUUCUCAUUGUUCAUAAAUGGUUUUGAUUAUGCCAAAUUUGAUUCAUUUUACUAAAAUAUUCUUAGGAUUUUAGUUGUUUUUGAUGGUCUAGGAAGAAAGUAUUGAUCUUUUGGAGAAAUUGCUCAAUUAGUCUGCAAUAGAUGAUGAACACUUCACUUUCGACUUUCCGGGCUAUGUGUCGGAUUGUGACUGCUUGUUUGUUGGCUUGUGUUCUAAUUUGUUUCAUUCUUGCAGGAUAAGAAUCUGUGAAUUCGAGUAUUGUUUCUAAGGAUAUAAUGGCUGCAGCUACUGCCUCUAGGGAGGCAUCAAAUUACGAUGAGGUUUCUAUGCAGCAGAGUUUGCUCUUUUCCGAUAGUCUCAAGGAUCUGAAGAAUCUGAGAACACAGUUGUAUUCAGCAGCUGAGUAUUUUGAACUAUCCUACACCAACGAUGACCAAAAACAGAUGGUAGUGGAGACAUUGAAAGAUUACGCAAUAAAAGCUCUAGUGAAUACUGUGGACCAUUUGGGUUCCGUCACAUAUAAGGUUAAUGAUCUCUUGGAUGAGAAGGUUGACGAAGUUUCUGGAACAAAAUUCCGUGUAUCUUGCAUUGAACAGAGACUAAAAACAUGUCAAGAAUAUAUUGAUCAUGAAGGCAUCACUCAACAGUCACUGGUGAUAAAUACACCAAAAUACCACAAGCGCUACAUCUUGCCAGUUGGGGAGACGAUGCAUGGAGCAAUUUGCACCAAAUCAAAGUACUUAGGGUGCAGUCUAGACGAUGAAGAUGAUUGGCAUCAGUUCCGGAAUGCUGUUCGAGCUACAAUUACGGAACCUACAACAGCUCCUGUCAGAAGAGGGCGUUCCCCAUCACCUUCUCCGCAACCUCCUCAGCGAUCUGCAACGUUUUCGUUUACGUCUACUAUGCCCAAGAAAGAAUUAGAUAAGCGAUCAGUAUCACCAUAUCGUUUUCCGCUGCUGCGUUCCGGGUCUGUGUCAAGUAGGCCAACGACACCAAACAGCAGCCAGCCAGCAACUCCAAAUUCUGCUGCUGGAAGGCGACGGUAUCCUUCAGAACCUCGGAAAUCGAUUUCAAUGCGUAUUCCGGCUGAAAAGGAAAAUACGAAAGACAUUGAGCAUCACCCCAGCAAAAGUAAACGGCUCCUCAAGGCGCUACUAAGUCGGCGUAAAUCGAAGAAAGACGAUAUGCUUUAUACCUAUUUGGAUGAAUAUUGAGGUAACCGAGAUUAUAGGAUUCCUUGAUUUUUAUACCUUUACAUUUCCUCUGUGCAAUUACCAUUAUAUCAUAUCUGUAAGUUAAACCCUCUUUUUCCCCUCCAAUUAUAGUAAUGCAUAAAUCAUAGUUCAUUCCUCUA